AUGACGUCGAAAGAGUCGACAAAAGUGGUUGUGUUUGCCGCAUCUGUUCGACCGAAUCGUAUGAAUGCGCGCGUGAUUCGGUUAGUGCAGAAACGUUUACAAGUGCAAGGCUAUGCGACAGAAUUGGUCGCAGACCCGAGAGAGCUGCAGUUGCCCAUUUUGGACAAGGCCAUCUCAGAGUACGCGGACGCGGGAGCCAUACCAGCCCCACUCAAACAAAUAAACCAACAGGUACAAAUGGCAGAUCUAUUGUUGUUCACCACGUGCGAAUAUAAUCGUUGUAUUCCGCCCGGAUUGUCCAACCUGUUGGACUAUUUACCCCACAAGACUAUGGCAUACAAACCAGCUGGUGUGAUCGCAUAUACCACAGGUCCGGAUGGUGGCCAAAUUGCAGCCUCCCAGCUUCGUCUAUGUCUGACCGAACUGGGUUGCCUGGUUGCUCCGCACUCCAUGCUGUUGUACAACGUUGGUGAUCGUGUCUCGGAACAGGGUGACCCACUCGGAUCUGCGGCGGAUCGAAAAGCUAUGUUUGAAGAACUGGAUUUGAUCAUUGAACAAGUGGUAUAUUUAUCAAACGCGAUUAAAAUUGCCGUGGCUCAAACCCCACCGCCUAAAGUGCAUCCAUACGUAUAG